GAGGGGCCAGACUGGGCGUCGGCUCCUGAUCCUCGGGCUCCCGCUCCUGCCUCCCUUCCUGCCAUGCCCCCCUCAAACUGGGGCUGACCUGCUGGGCCUGGCCAGGUGAAAGGAGGGAGCGCUUGAGGAGGAAUUGGUGUCGGACUCAAGGGGGCCCAGCCCCAGCAGAGCAGAGCUGGCCAGGACUGAGGACCCUUCCCCGGGCCCAAGGAUCCCCCUAAAGAAUGCCCAUCCUGAAACAGCUGGGCCCAGCCCUGCCCAAAAAGCGUUUGGACCGAGAUGCCAUCUCAGCCCCCCUGGGUGACUUUCGGCACACCAUGCAUGUGGGACGUGGGGGCGAUGCCUUUGGGGACACGUCCUUCCUGAGCCGCCACGGCGGCGGGGGCCCCUCCUCGUCCCCUGGCCCUUCCCCAGGCCCCUCCCCAGUCCCCUCCGCUGCCCCGUCCCCGGCGCGUCCAGCUCUGCCGCCCCCCACUGCUCCCCAGCCCCCACGGCCCUCUGAAAGCCAGUCCGAGUCCCGGCCGGCCGCUGGAGACCCUUUCCUGUCCUUCCAUUUGGAUCUGGGGCCCUCGCUCCUAGAGGAGGUGCUGGGGGUGAUGGAUCGUGGAGCCCUGGCAGAUGCAGGAGCUGCCCCGAGUGCCCCCAACGGUGGGCUGCUCACCUCCCAGCCGGACUUCGGCUCUGAGGAGGACCUGGAUGAAGUUAUCGGUCUGUAAAGGGGCCCACAGGAGCGGGCCACGCCUCCCAGGACCCCGAACCUUGGCCUUGCCUUGUACCAGAAGUUUUUAUAUGAUGCCUCCUGUAUAGCGCCCUCCUUCCUCUCCUUCCCCCUCCAUGCCUAGCCAAUCCCUCCC